AUGAGUCCCAGCAUCACUGCUGAGGCCAACCAGCCUCUCCCUGCCAGGUCCACCGUGGCCCAGAGAAAACAAGCCAACGAACUGAGAAAGACUCUGAAACCCUUGCUGGAGAAGAGAAGACGUGCUCGCAUCAAUGACAGUCUCAGUCAUUUGAAGGGCCUGAUUCUGCCCCUUGUUGGCAAAGACAACGCUCGCUACUCCAAGCUGGAGAAAGCUGAUAUUCUGGAAAUGACCGUCCGGUUCCUAAGAGACCUUCCAUCCGCUCCAGUCAAAGAUUCCGCGGACAGUUACAGAGAAGGCUACAAAGCCUGCCUCCAGCGCGUCUCCGCUCUGCUUCCCAAAACGAGCCUGGAUCAAGACGCGUGCCAGCGGGUGAACGACUUCGUGCAGCAGUCCAUGUCCGCCGCCAUCACCCCAACCUGCCUGAACUGCUGCGCCCAGAGCUCCAGGACUUUCCCUCAGAUUCAGCAGAGACUCCUGAGCCUGAAAUCCAGCUUCGGCUCCAGACCGGAGAGCCACAGCAGCAGCGCAGUGGCUCCCAUCCGAGCACAGCCAGGCCCACAGGCCGUCAGCGCUGCCAUGUGGAGACCUUGGUAG